AUGAAGACUGAACGAACCCUAUUGGACUUGAGUAGUGAGAUUAACAAGAGAAAUGGAGGUGAAAUUCUAGAGAAAGUGGUUUCAAGAGAUAGUGAACAAAGAAGAAUUAGGAACAAUCAGUAUAUACCACUUUGUGAAGAAGCCUCUAUUAAACAAUCAAGUGUGACGAGUAGUAUCUUCCUAAAGAGGGAGGCGGCGAGCAAGGGACCUGAGAGGGGGCCUAAGUUCCCAGCAGAGUCCACGAACUCCGCAGCCUGCUCACCUCCAGGACCCGGCUGGGGCUGCCGGAGCCCGGGUGGCUCUACUCUCCCGCUUGGCGGCGGCCCCAGCGGGGCUCGAUUACUUUCGCCUGGGCGAGAAGCCGCACCGGCGCUCCAGCGGGAACCCCACCGUGUGGAGGUGGGGCGUCGACAACAAAAAGAAGUAAAGUCAGAGGAGGAGGAGGAGGAGGAGGAGGAAGAGGAGGAGGAGGAGGCGGUGGAGGAGGAGGCGGUGGAGGAGGAGGCGGUGGAGGAGGAGGCGGAGGAGGAGGAGGCGGAGGAGGAGGAGGAGGAUCUGUUGGGGAGGGCGGCGGGCUCCUAGGAGGAGGAGGAGGAGGUAGAAGGAGAAGAGAAGCAGGGGCCUCCGGAGGGGGGCCAAGCUCGGAGCCCCGGCUCUUGUCGGCGAGCAGCAAAGCCGCCCCGCGAGAAGGGAAGAGCGCGCCUGGUCCGCGCCGCCCACGACGGACAGCU